AUGGACCGUGUAAGAAUUCAGCAUCAAUUUGUCUCAAAGUGGGGCUCGCUUCAAUUACUUUUACACGAUCAAUCCAGUGAGGCUUUCCCGCCGAGACUUACACUCGGCACGCGAGGAUCUCCAUGGACCAGACCAUACUUGUAUAAUUGCCUUAACAAUAGAGGCUUAGUACUUCAUGUCGUGUUGUCGGUCGAGGCAGAAGUAGACACUAAUAACGCCGCACCUUCAGGAGUUUCGAUGGUUUUUUCCACAAGACUAACCGUCAAGUUUGUCUGCUGGGCAAUUCUCAAGGCCCUUUCCUCAUUGAUCUCUCUCGCUAUUGACGAAGACAAGGCCAGAGCUGGGUAA